AUGGAUGCACAGCGUUCUCUUAAACCUAUUGAAGUGUACUUGGGAGUACCAUACGCUACUCCCCCUGUUAAGUCCAAUAGAUUUAGCCCCACUCGAACGCCAAGUCCUUGGCAGGGAAUACUACUUUCUGAUAAAUUAGGACCCGUAUGUCCACAAAAGCUGCCCGAUAUUACCAACGAAACAGCUGCAUUAGAAAGAAUGCCGAAAGGGCGAUUAGAGUACUUAAAACGGCUGUUGCCCUACCUGAAGAAUCAGAGUGAAGACUGUUUAUACUUGAAUAUAUAUGCACCAGCAGAUGGUUUAAGAUUCGAUUCAAGCGCUAUUACAUGUAAUUUAAGUUAA